GUGACGGGGGACACUUUUCCUUCUCUCCUCCCCCUCACCGAAACCCCGCCUUCUCCUGAGAGGCUGCGGCUUUCUAUUGCGCUACAACAGGAAUGGCCGCCGUACAGGCCAAUCAGAACGCGACGCUUCAAGUAAGACCCGCCCCCUGUUGGUCCUCAGGUUCCUUCCCGCUCACACCGGAGUCACUUCCGAAGAGAGAGAACCGCCAUGAAGAGAGAAGGGGGUGCCGCCCACCUCUGCUCCGACAGCCUCCCCGAGUCCCAGCGGCAAGACGGCAACCACGCACCCAACUUCUCCAGCCACAGCACAUGCCGCCGUCGCCAGCGGCGCCGACAUGACAAGGCGCUGCAUGCCCGCUAGGCCAGGUUUCCCCUCAUCCCCAGCCCCGGGGUCGUCGCCCCCGCGCUGCCAUCUGAGACCCGGUAGUACCGCCCCUGCUGCAGCGGGAAAGAGAACAGAGAGUCCUGGGGACAGGUACCGUGCAGAGGGCUUGAGAAGGGGCCGGGUCGCGGGGGCAAGGGUAUGAGGGAGGACUGCGGACGGGCGCUCUUCCAGUUCCCGCCAUCCUCCGCGAGCUCAGGCCUCCGCGUCCGGGGCCUGGCAAACCACCGCCCCGCCUCCGCGCGGGGGCUGCUGGGAGCUGGAGUCUCCUUUUCUGUAGUUGGGACGCUGUUCUUGGUCUAGUGACCACAGCCUGGAUGGCUACGGACCACCCGCCUUAGGUAGAACGUGAUUUUUGUCCUUUACUUUACCUGGACCCGGGGCCCUGACUGCUAAAUGGCAUAUUUAAGUGGUUUUCUGUAAGCUGUCAGUUUUACUGAUCCUAGUGGUUGAAUAGUAUAAGCCUUUUCUGUAUUGUGGGUGAUAUUAUGUAAGAUGUGAUGAGAAAAAUCCUUCCACGAAUUGCUUUAAAGUCCACUACGCACGAUAAGUCUUAAUUUAAAAAACAUGCAGAUUUGGAAUGUGAUAUGUUUUCUCCUUCAGUAACUUUACGCUUCUCCAAGGGGCCAGGUUUUUUUGUAAAGAUUUUGUGGGAGCUAUGUAAUGAGAUGGGGAGUUUAAUCAAAUGACAUUCUCUGACAAUAAAACAUGUUUAAAUUCUCUA